AUGGGUCGUUUCGGUCUUUUUGCAUCACUGCUUCUAGCAGUCAGCUUAAAUGUCCAGAAAUGUCUCGGUCAAGCGAGCGCACCAACCCUGUACAAGGACAGCAAAACCGGCAUCGCAUUCGACACAUGGACCGUACCGGAUAAGGCCGACGGUUCUGGUGGUGUAUCGGCCUGGGGUGGUCUCACCUUUGGUGUUGCACUACCAGAGAAUGCCUUGACUGUUGAUGCUACUGAGUUCAUAGGAUACCUAAAAUGCGGCUCCAACGGCACAACCACGAACGGAUGGUGCGGUUUGUCUUUCGGGGGACCGAUGACAAAUAGCCUGCUUCUCAUGGCUUGGCCAUACGAAGAUGAAAUCUUAACUUCGCUCCGCUUCGUCAGUGGAUAUACUAGCCCGGACGUAUAUACAGGCAAUGCCAAGUUAACUCAAAUCUCGUCUACCAUCGAUAAGGACCACUAUACUCUAAUCUUCAGAUGUCAAAACUGUUUAGUAUGGGACCAAGACGGUGCAUCAGGUUCCGCGUCGACUAGUGCCGGCUCCUUAAUACUAGGAUGGGCUAGCUCACUUAAAUCUCCGGGGAACCCGGCCUGCCCAGCGGAUAUUACUAUUAACUUCCACAGCAACGGUCAAAGCAUCUGGGGCGCCACUCUAGACGAAAACGCAGCAAACCCAUCGUAUUCAGAAUGGGCUGCCCAAGCUACCGCUACAGUUACCGGAAGCUGCGGAGGAGCAACACCCACGACCACCACAUCCACUACUACGUCAAUUCCUACUGCUACUGGCAUCCCGGUCCCGACCGGCACUUAUGACUACAUUGUUGUUGGUGCCGGUGCUGGUGGGAUUCCUUUGGCAGAUAAGUUGAGCGAGGCUGGAAAGAGUGUAUUGCUUAUUGAAAAGGGACCACCUUCUUCAGGACGAUGGGGCGGCUCGCUCAAGCCGGAAUGGUUAGAUGGCACUAACUUGACUCGAUUUGAUGUCCCCGGUCUGUGCAACGAGAUAUGGGUCAACUCCGCAGGCAUUGCCUGUACUGAUACAGAUCAGAUGGCUGGCUGUGUGCUGGGUGGAGGCACCGCUGUUAAUGCUGGUUUAUGGUGGAAGACUGAUACUGUUAUCACGCAUCCCAACGUCGUGUUUUACGACUUCUACGAAGCUUGGGACAACCCUAAUGUCGCCGACAAGAGUCUAUAUCUAGAUUCUCGAUCGGGUAUUCUAGCUCAAGCAGCGCCAAAUAUUGGCCCAAUGUUCUGGGAUGAAAUCAAGGGUGACGAUGGUGUGGUUCGACAGCUCCAGUGGACCGCCAGGGUCGAAGGGAGUGCUGGAACGCCGAAUGGAUAUGCCAUGACUAUGAGUCAGUACCUUGGACGAGGUGCAAAGUCAAGGGGCCGAAUGACUAUUACGAAGGCGUUAACCACUGUAGUCUCGACGCUCCCUUACUUACAGGAUAAGAACGAUGUCCAGGCUGUUAUUCAGGGUAUCAAGAACCUUCAGGCGGCUCUAGCAAAUGUCGAGGGCCUCACGUGGACCUACCCACCAUCGAACACCACUGUCGAAGACUUUGUCAAUGAUAUGCUCGUUUCAUACACCAACCGAAGAUCAAACCACUGGAUUGGAACCAGCAAGCUCGGAACAGACGACGGUCGAACAAACAGUGGCUCGGCUGUAGUUGACCUCAAUACGAGGGUUUAUGGUACCGACAACUUGUUCGUCGUCGAUGCUAGCAUCUUUCCAGGUCAUAUAACUACCAACCCCACCUCUUACAUCGUCAUUGUUGCCGAACACGCCUCAGAAAAGAUACUCGCCUUGGCAUCACCUAAGGCACAAUCGAAGUUUGCUCAAUGCGGCGGACUACAGUGGACCGGAAGCUUCCAGUGCGCGGCACCGUAUACUUGCCAGUAUCAGAACGAAUACUACUCUCAGUGUGUUUAA